AUGGGGUCGUUUCCCUUAGCUGAGUUUCCAUUACGUGACAUUCCUGUUCCUUAUAGCUACCGUGUGUCUGGCGACAUAGCAUCUUCUGGUUGUGUUAGUGCGCUUGUUACUGCCGCUGGCACUCAUCGAAGCUCUGCGACGGCUAAGACAGUUGAUGUACAAAAUGGUGAAGAAGAUAUGGAUGAGUUACAGAGGAAAAGAGCAACUGGUUCUGGCGAAUCCACUCCCGAACACAGCGGCUUCAAAAGAGUAAAGCAUAGCAAUCACAAAAGCUUUCAUCCAGUUAACUUACAGAACACUGGAGCACCAUCUAUGGAUAAUGAUGGUAUGCGCAAUUUAUCAGACAUAUCCAAUGACGCAGAAAAACUUCUGAUGCCCACGGAUGACAUUUCGGCUGCACCUCCUACGUUAGGUGUAAGCAUGGGAGUAGCAUCUCAUAAUAUUGCUGCUCCCACCGCCGCUAAUGCGGCAACAAUAGCUGGUAGUGACCCUAAUAGCAAUGUUAGUACUGCUAUGAAUAACCCUAUGGAAGAAGGAGCCCUGCCGUUAUCACCCACCGCUUCCUCUCCAGGUACCACAACCCCUUUAGCUAAAACUACGAAAAUUAUCAACAACAGUAAUAAUAUCGUCGAUUUGAUAGAGUCUAAAGAUUCUAUCAUCUCUCCUGAAUACCUUUCUGAUGAAAUUUUCACCGCAAUAAAUAAUAACCUACCUCACGCAUACUUCAAAAAUUUGUUAUUCAGAUUAGUCGCCAAUAUGGAUAGGAGUGAACUAUCCGACUUAGGGACUUUAAUCAAGGAUAAUCUAAAGAGAGAUCUAAUAACGUCUUUGCCUUUUGAAAUAAGUUUGAAAAUUUUCAACUAUUUGCAAUUUGAGGAUAUUAUAAAUUCACUUGGGGUCUCCCAGAAUUGGAAUAAGAUAAUUAGAAAAUCUACAUCAUUGUGGAAAAAACUUCUGAUAUCGGAGAAUUUUGUAAGCCCAAAGGGUUUAAAUUCUCUUAAUCUCAAAUUGUCCCAAAAAUACCCAAAACUCUCACAACAAGAUCGCCUUAGAUUGUCUUUUCUGGAGAAUAUAUUCAUUCUGAAGAAUUGGUAUAAUCCUAAAUUUGUACCACAAAGAACUACUUUAAGAGGCCAUAUGACGAGUGUUAUUACGUGCUUGCAAUUUGAAGAUAAUUAUGUCAUUACAGGGGCAGAUGAUAAAAUGAUCAGAGUCUAUGACUCGAUAAAUAAAAAAUUUCUUCUGCAACUAUCAGGCCACGAUGGUGGGGUUUGGGCUUUGAAGUAUGCCCAUGGUGGUAUCUUAGUCAGUGGUUCUACCGAUAGAACAGUACGGGUUUGGGAUAUUAAGAAAGGCUGUUGUACCCAUGUGUUUAAAGGUCAUAACUCCACGGUGAGGUGCCUCGAUAUAGUGGAAUAUAAAAAUAUCAAGUAUAUUGUUACUGGUUCGAGAGAUAAUACUUUACACGUCUGGAAAUUGCCCAAGGAAUCCUCUGCUACUGAUCAUGGGGAUGAGCAUGAUUAUCCAUUAGUCUUUCACACUCCCGAGGAGAAUCCAUAUUUUGUAGGUGUUCUAAGAGGACAUAUGGCGUCUGUAAGAACUGUCUCAGGUCACGGUAAUAUUGUCGUUAGUGGCUCCUAUGAUAACACACUGAUUGUGUGGGACGUUGCGCAAAUGAAAUGCCUAUAUAUUUUAAGUGGGCAUACAGAUCGUAUUUAUUCGACAAUCUACGAUCAUGAAAGGAAAAGGUGCAUCUCUGCCAGUAUGGACACUACCAUUAGAAUUUGGGAUUUGGAAAAUAUUUGGAAUAAUGGAGAAUGUUCCUACGCAACAAACUCUGCAUCUCCAUGUGCCAAGAUACUGGGUGCCAUGUACACCUUGCAGGGCCAUACAGCCCUGGUUGGUUUAUUAAGGCUAUCCGAUAAAUUUUUGGUCAGUGCCGCUGCAGACGGUUCAAUAAGGGGUUGGGAUGCAAACGACUACUCUAGAAAAUUUUCCUACCAUCAUACCAACUUGAGUGCAAUUACCACAUUUUACGUAUCCGAUAAUAUUUUAGUGAGUGGAUCGGAGAAUCAGUUUAAUAUUUAUAAUCUACGCAGUGGGAAACUUGUCCAUGCAAAUAUUCUAAAAGAUGCUGACCAGAUUUGGUCGGUUAAUUUUAAGGGCAAAACACUUGUUGCGGCUGUCGAAAAAGAUGGGCAGAGUUUUUUAGAAAUUCUGGACUUCAGUAAAGCUUCAAAAAUUAACUACGUUAGCAAUCCAGUAAACUCGUCGUCAUCAUCCUUGGAAUCCAUUUCUACUUUGGGACUAACAAGGACAACUAUAAUACCAUGA